CUUUUAAUUAUAACUGCAAAACGUGCUGUAAAUUCGCUUGAUAUAAAUAUAUUUCUUGUUUAAUCAUCUCCAAUGUUCGGGGCUUUAAAUCGCUUCAUUGGGAGGCUGGAUUCCGAUCUCCCCAAGCAGCCAACAAGCACCACGGGUGACAACUCCUACGGCUUCCAGAUACUGCGGAAUAAGGACCCGGACCUUCCUCUGGAGCCUUGGUUUGAUUUCAUAGUUGGAAUCAAUGGCCGACUUAUCGACGAACCUGACCCUCACCUGUUUGCGACGGAGGUUCGCAAUUGUGCCGGAACAAGCGUCUCCUUAGAGAUUUGGAGUGCGAAGGGACAACGGACGCACAACGUCGUUAUCCCCAUCCCACCAGAGAAGCCCACAUUAGGUCUCACUUUGCAACUCGCACCUCUCUCUUCCACACAGCAUAUAUGGCACAUACUGUCUAUUCCCUCGCCUCUCAGUCCUGCCUACUUGGCUGGCCUACUACCUCAUUCAGAUUACAUCCUUGGAACGCCAAGUGGGACUUUGAGAGGGGAAGCCGCACUCGGGGAGCUCGUCGAGGACCAUCUGAACAGGAGUCUCACUUUAUGGGUAUAUAAUAGCGAAUUUGACGUUGUACGAGAGGUGGAAAUAGUGCCCAAUAGGAAUUGGGGCGGGGAAGGUGCUCUCGGUGCCGUAUUAGGAUAUGGAGCUCUACACAGGCUACCGGUUGGUCUAGGAGAGGAGGUUGAGGGGCCCGGAGAAGUUGUCUUCGACACAAAAGAUGGAAUCACGGAACAAGUUAAGCAAUCGCCAAAAAUUCAGCCGGGGAAUCAUUUCCUAGUUCCGGCAGAGAUGGCAUCGCUGCCUCCUCUCUCACCGAGUGUUAAUAGUGGGCAGGUUUCCCAAGCCGCAACGACUCAUGGUCGGCAUGGACGGAAAGCUCGACAUGUGCAUACUGUACCAACCUCAUUCGAUGAAUACUUCCGUGAAAGCGAACAGAAAAGCAAAGAAGAGGACUUCGUGCCAUCGCAGGCUGGAACACCGGUUGCGCCUCCGCCGAAAGCGACGGAUCGAGGCAAUGUAACUUCUCCUGGACUUGAAGGCGCAUCAACCCCAGCAGAGUAGCUAAUUCUUGGGGCACUUUUAUUUGGGAAAAACGGCGUCGGGAGUCAAAGAAGCCGUCUUUUGAGUUGUGCUACAUGAGUUUUGUGAGAUACCAUUACGGUCCGGUUUACCAAUAGUAGAUCGUCUCCCUUUUAUUCCAGACAACGGCGAAACCGGGUAAAAUGAAUGCGAAUGUUGGAAGCCACCCCAACUCUCUAGAUUCUACUACAGUACAUAUACAUAUGCCGAGCUCAAAGAUCUUUGGUUGUAAACCGUCGGCCGCUUUGUAAAGAGCUUCAAGACUGGCGUAUUUAUCUUCCCUUGCUAAUCCAUUCCUCCAAUGUUUGUCUUCCCUCUCCAAUCUUCCCUUCCAGCCAGGUUCUUGCGUAGCCACUGUGAGCCACUGCCUGUCUCCAGGAUUCUUCGGCCGCAUCGCGAGCCUUCACAUGCUGCUCUGCAAGCGCAGGAACCUUCUUUUCGUAUUCCCACACCAAAUCAGAAAUGUUUCGCAUGGUAACAGGUAGUAAAGUCCAAGCAGCAAUUGUACCCGCAGUCAAGGGAGUGGCUGUGCGUAAGAAGAUGCCGCGGUUUCGAGAAACGAUUGAUCCGGCCAUGGCAGUUACAAUCACAUAAAUGCUUCCGGGAAGCAGGCGUUCACCAGACUCGCGUGAUGGGGCCAAUGAGGCUAUCGUGCUGGUAAACCUUGAUUCGGCGUUGAGGGCACGGGAGAGGGCAUCAUUGAAGGCAUUCUCGGCAGCGAGGGAGUGAUCGUAGAGGAAGAGUCUUACUUGACGGAUCUGCCUUGCUAAUUGAUCCGUGGGAGAUUCGUAAUUGGAGGGGUUUGAGGUCGUUGAGGGAAGAGGUGUGGAGGAGGGAGUCGGAGUGACAGGGAGUGGUUUUUGGGCCUCGACUGGAGUGCUGUCGCCGUCCUCAUCGUAGAUUGGUUUUCGCU